UUUGAGAUCUAAUCUCACAUCAAAUUGAAUCGUGUUCACUUAUCUUGCUUCCUCCUUGGAAAGUGGUCUAAAUGGAGAAAACAUCAUGUGCAUGUACUCUUCUCAUUCAACUUUGUCUCUGUUGUGCUCUCUACAUUGCUCUCAACUUAGGCCAACCUCAGACAUUGCUCAACACAAAUGCAACUCAACAAGAUAAUGAUAUCUACUUCAUCAGUGUCAAUGGUGGUUUCAGAACCAUUAACCAACAACUCCAUCUUCUCAAUAUGAUGGAGAAGGUUGCAAAAGCUUACAAGGCAAGUUUUGUUGUGUGCACCAGCAAGCUUGGAGGAGACGAUCCACUCAUGCAGAAUGCAACUCUUCGUUUUCCAUCAUUGAGACUCCCAUGGUACACUACCUAUACUUCCAGAGCUGCAAAAUCAGGAGGAGAACAAGUGGGUUGCUUUGAGCAGAAGAUCAAUUUAUCUAAUGGGAAAACCUUAGAUGUUAUUGGUGUUGAUACUCAAGCACUGCAAGACUCUAUCUUGAGCAGAUCGUUAAACGGCAACAAAAACAAUCAAUUGCAUUGGCUUCUCAGAACAUUGCAAGCAAACAGUAGCAACUGGCGCAUUGUUGUCGGAUACCAACCACUACUCAUAUGUGGACAGAAUAAGGAGAAUACGAAGAAAACGAAAGCUUUUGAGUACUUGCACCAUUUAUUUACGAAAUUCGCAGUAGAUGUAUAUUUAAGUGGACAGGAUUGCACUAUCCAAGUCCCCGACAAUCGCGUUGCUUACAUUGGGAACCCUGGCUUGAAUGAGAAAAAAUCCUAUUCAGUUUUUCUAAAUGGUAAAUCUGUCUUUAGCAGAGAAUUGGCUAAUGGAUUCCUUCUUCAUCAAGUCAGCUCAACGCAAAUUGUAACUUACUAUGUAAGUUUAGCAGGUGAAGUUGCUUUUAAAACUGUUCUUCAAGAGAAGAGUACAGAAGUUAUGUAAUUAUUUGCAGUUGAUGAUCCAUAAUAUUAUUUCAUUUCUUGUGCUCUCUAUUUUAUUCAUUUCUUAAAUUGCACUUCUUAUAACCGUAUAUCAUAACCAAUCAACACAAUUGGUUUUGUUUUAAGAAAACCCGUUUUAGAUUUCAUAACAGGUAUAAUAUUUUUUUAAGCCAAA